UCUGGCAAAAAGUCUUUGACGAUUAGCAAUGUCUACGGCUUGGGUGCGGGCGCUGUGGCCGACAUUAAUGGCGGUAAAAAUGGCCGCAAAAAUGUGGACGAAAAACAAGAAGUGAAGACAAUUACCGAACCUUUAUAUGAGAAAUAUAUGAAUUCGUUGUCAACGAAGGACUCUUCGGCCGGUCUAUUGGUUUUAGCCGAAGGCGGAAACGCUGGGGAGGCUGUGAUCGCCACCCGUGAGGGUCACCUCGACGUUAAGGGCGCCUCCGGUUUUAAACUCGGAUCCUAUACUGAGAUCUCUACCAGAGGUUAAAACUAAUUAUAACACAAAUCCCAAGCAUUUCUAAAUCAAUAUUUGCCACAAAUUAAUAAUAAUUUAUUAUAAUUUUAAUUAAUAAAAGUUUUUAAAAGCAAAAUCAAAA